AUGGAUGUUAUAUCGCCAUUUAACCAUGGAAAUGUAGAAACCCAUCACUCAUUGUCAGCACACGUGCCAGCUCUAGCAUACAUGAACAAUACCCUUUGGUUGUCACAAUCUAAAGAGUCCCUUAAUAGCCUGCUCCGUAUAGCCGACAGCUUCUAUAAAUUAAAUUCUAUCCAAGUUAAUUGGAUAAAAUCAAUGCUCCUGUCACCAUUUAAGAACCAAAAUGCUAUACCUUGGUAUAUGGAUCUCGAUGUUGAACAACAAACAGUUCAUUCAAAAACAAGUUCAACUAGACUUGCACACAGCUACCCACGCCUUACGCGCAAAAGUACUCACAGAUAA